CUGGCCACUUCCCCAGUCACUUCUCCGGUCCUGCGGGCGCCAGCAGCGCCAAGCCCCGCCCGCCGCCCGCCGAGCCCCGCGCGCGGACGGCAGGCGAGCGCCCCGCGGCCUGCCCGCCCGCCUGCCUCCCGCCGAGCCAGGCCGGAGCCACGCGCGAGCACAAGUCAGCCAGGCCGCUAGCAGCCCCGGUGCAGCCGUCAGGGCCCACCCGACCGUCGGCGAUGUUUUAUUUCCACUGCCCGCCACAGCUAGAGGGCACUGCACCUUUCGGCAACCACUCUGCAGGGGAUUUUGACGAUGGGUUUCUUAGGAGAAAGCAGCGCAGGAACCGGACGACUUUCACUCUGCAGCAGCUGGAAGCUCUGGAGGCAGUCUUUGCCCAAACACACUACCCAGAUGUAUUCACUAGAGAAGAGCUAGCCAUGAAAAUAAACCUUACAGAAGCCAGAGUGCAGGUUUGGUUCCAGAAUCGAAGAGCCAAAUGGAGAAAGACAGAGAGAGGGACCUCAGACCAGGAGGCAGGAGCCAAGGAGCCCAUGGCAGAGGUGACACCACCGCCAGUGAGGAACAUCAAUUCUCCGCCCCCAGGAGACCAGGCACGGAGCAAGAAGGAGGUCCUGGAGGCCCAGCAGAGCCUGGGAAGAACAGUGGGCCCUGCUGGGCCUUUCUUCCCCUCCUGCCUGCCAGGGACCCUCCUGAACACAGCCACUUAUGCCCAGGCCCUGUCACAUGUGGCAUCUCUGAAAGGGGGUCCGCUCUGCUCUUGCUGUGUCCCAGAUCCUAUGGGGCUCUCCUUCCUCCCCACUUAUGGCUGCCAGAGUAACCGUACUGCCAGCGUGGCCGCCCUGCGCAUGAAGGCCCGAGAGCAUUCAGAAGCUGUGCUGCAAUCAGCAAACCUCCUGCCAUCCACCAACAGCAGCCCAAGCCCUGCCUCCAAGCAGGCACCUCCAGAAGGCAGCCAGGGCAAGACCUCCCCAACCAAGGAACAGAGCGAGGGAGAGAAGAGCGUAUGAGGGUCCAGAGUACCCGACUGGAGCCCUCCCCACCCCCGCUUCUCUCAGCCUCAGCAACUCUUUGAACCACAAGGAGUAGCCACUUCCUCAUGGAUCUGGCGGGGAAAGCGAGACCUGCAGAGUCCCUCUAGAAUUCUGCUGGUAGGCUGUGUUCUGGCUUUUUUUGGUGACAGUUUCCAAUGGCACUUAGUGGCUCUGGACAUUGCUCUGUGGUGAAGUCCCUAGGUUUUUUUUUUUUUUGUUUGUUUGUUUUGUUUUGUUUUGUUUUGUUUGUUUUCUAGGCCAAGCAGCCUUGGAGCAAAGCCAAGCUGUUCAUCCUACCGCCCUUCUUGAGCUAUUUGGGAGGGCUUGUCAAUUCCAAGGACUGUUGCAAGUAUCAACCCCCGAAAGAUACCAAGAAGCGACAUUUCAUGAUAAGAAACGACGGUCACUCUCAUUGUUUAAGAACCACAGAAGUGGUGGAAUAGCAACCAGUUCUCACUCCCUUCAGCCAAGACUGGCAACCACCCAUUUUUUUUUUCUUGUUUUAGCUGAGGGUUUGGUUAGGAAGGGACAAAUACAGGGUGAAUUCACAGUGGUCUGGACCCUAGCAGAUUUCUCUGGGCACAUCUGACUGGGCCCCGUCGGACAGGCUGUCAUUCUGUCAGCCCGGAAACUGCUGUCUUGGUAUGGUGUGUGUAGGGCAAAUGUGGGUCUCCUGCAAUCAGAGUGUCCACUCACAGGCCCUGCCUCUCUUCAGAAGAACAACGGAAAGUUCACCAAUCAGAAAGUAGCUUUGUGGCCUAUGAAAGGACCAGAGCUCCUGAGGGGAGAGGAAAGUCCCAGGGAGGCCCCUGAAAUACAUAUGUGCGGACAAACUGCCCUUCUUCAUGUCCCUCAUGUGUGGAGGGAGAUCUGCGGGGGAUGACGAGAUGGGACUGGUGGAUGCACAGACAGGAAACCCAGGAAGAUGACUCCCUUGGGGUGGAAGAGAAUGGAUUACAAAGGGCCAAACUUCAUAGAGAUUUCUGCCUCAGUCUGGUGUGGCUGUGUUCUUUCACUUGGACAGUGACCUCAAAGAGAUCCAACGGAGGAUGUGCAAUAGCACGAGGCCCGCCCCUCGCCUGGCACUGGCAAGGUGGCCGUUGUCGGUGGCUUUCGCUGCUGAUGUUUCUACACAAACAGUUACCGCUUUCAUGAAGGCUGUUUUCAUUCCAGUUCUGAUAAUCGAGGGGCUGUGCUGUGAGGCCCUCUGCCUCCCCAUAACUCUCCAGGAGCGCCCCCUCCCCUGUAAUACUCCUAAGUGUAUCGUGCCUCACUUCUGGUUACUACAAUGCAUUUGAUAGAAAAAAAAAAAGAAAAGAAAAAAAAAAAAGCAGCCAGAUCCUUGUUCCUGCUGUAUUUUGCUUGUUGAGUACAAAGAUGAAGUGAUUUGCCAAAAAGCGGCCAAGUUGCUUCCAUUUCCCUGUAAUUAGGAAGGUUUGGUUGAGCAAUGUAUGUUCCAGCCCUUAUGCGCACUAACUCUUCAAUCUAAUUGUUUGAUUAAACUCGUAUUUCCUCCAGAAAGGUACAUAAAUAAGUGAACUGUUGGGCAAAUUAAGAAUACUUAACAGCAUUGCAUCCGAAAAGUAGUUAUGCUGAUUAAAUUUUGUGUCCUUGAGGACUUUCAGGAAAUUACUUUUGAUCGUCAAUAACACAAUUAAGUAAACUACACACACAUUAGCAUGAAUAAUUGAUAAGAAAUUAUGUAUUACCACGAAGCACUGAUUUAAUAAUUCAUGACGCGACACUCCAGUGACUGUGCAAAACUGGAUAACAUUGAAAAGUCUGCCUGACGUUCUGGGAAGAAGGAAAAAAGCGAGCGCCAAACCUCUGCAGAGAUGUCUGAGCAAUUAGUUCUGUUGUACAAAGGGUAAAAGUAACCGAUGCAUGAUGUUUCUGUUCCUUUAAACUCCUGAAUAAAUUUAGACUUUA